GUCGGCUUCAUCGCGUCAACGACGGGGAAUUACUACCACAGAAUCCUAAAAGGCCACACUUCUACGAACUUAGGAGGCCCUCGAAUAGUGUUUUUCAGCAGUGCUAUAUCAGAGUUAAACACUUCAUAAUCAACGGAUGAGAACAACUAUACUGCCGUCACCGCAUCCUUUGUCCUCUUAAAAAGUCUCGCCAUCGGCGUUCUGGAAUCCUUGUCUCGCCAACUCAACGACUUGCCAAGAUGGUUUCCUCUAGGAAGCGAGGACGACAGGAGGUGGAGGCUGUUGAGGCUCCUACUCCUGCGCCGAAAGAGCCUGGACUGCUUGAACGGAUACGGAACAUGUGGCAAUUCGCGAAUCUUGCGCAAUGGGUAUUCCUCUUCGGAAAGGUUGUAAAGCUCGAGGAGGAUCUGGAUAUCGAGGAUCUCGAGAUGGAAUGCCUGAAGCAUCACUCGACAAAACUGGCAGAAAUAGGGCUCGCGCUCUUGAAGUUUGUCUCUUCUCAUAGGGGCCUAAUCCCAGAGAUUUUUGAUGAAUAUACGCGCCGACAGUAUGUUGCGAAAGCGCCAGAGCGCAACCCCUUUGGCACCGAAGACGAGCCUGCCAAGUUCGCCGAGUUCGAUAUCUUCACAAAGAUCAAAGUCCUACAACAGCUUACGCAAUGGACGUUCACAAACCCCGACCGAAUCAGGGAACGAAUGGAGGAGCAGAAGGAUUCAGAACAAACAUAUUGGCGCGUUGAACCCUUCGGAUGGGACUCUGAGGACCGAACAUACAUCGUUCUAGACGACAAUAGGCUGUAUCGCCAGACAGAACCCCCGCCACCGCCUGCACCCAAAGCUACCCCCAAGAAGAACUCCAAGAAAGCCAGAGCCGCAGCAAGAGCGAGCAAGCGUAGAAAGCUGUCCCGAGUACCUGCAAGCGACAGCGAGGAGGAGACCGAGGAAACUGAAGAGGUCAAGGAAGACAAAGCGGCCGAGGACGAUGGAUUUGGUGGCAUCAAGUGGGAGUGUCUGGCCAUAACCCUGGACGAAUUGAACAACGCCAUUGCCUCCUUUGCAAAGUCGCGCGACCCGAACGAAAAGUCUCUGAGGCAGCGACUAGUUGAUGAUCUCCUGCCCUUGCUGGAGAAGCAAGAGGAGUCGCGCAAGCGAAAACAGAUCCAGAAGGAGCGCGAAUUACUCAAUCUAGAGAAAUUAGCCACCGCCAAAAGGUCCAGCAGAAUCGCUGGCAAACUCGAGCAUCAGCGCCAAGAAGAAGAGGCGCGCGAAGAGGAAAGGAAGCGCCAGGAGGAGCUUGCUAUGGCGAAGAAGGAACAGGAGAAGUGGAGAAAGCUGGAGAAGGAAAGAGAGUCGCGCAUGCAGACCCGUGAACAGCGCCUCAAAGAACGCGAGGCACGCCGGAUCUUGCACGAAGAGGAGCUUGCCAAUCUCUCAGAGGACAACAAAAAACUCGAAUCUGGCCAAGGUCGCCUUUCCGAACGCCACCUCAAGGCGGAAAUUGAACGGAAGAAGGCGGCGCUUGAUGAGCUCCAAGAGGAGGAUGGUGACUGGGUGUUCGAUUGCAUCUGCGGCGCGUACGGACAUGUUGAUGAUGGCACUCUCAGCAUUGCCUGCGAGAAGUGUAAUGUGUGGCAACACACCAAGUGUGUUGGCGUUAGCGAUGCUGAUGCCAACCGGGACAACUUCCAGUUCGUCUGCAAGCCGUGCAUCCGUCGUGCUAAGGAGGCAGAAGAGGCUAAGAAACGGCCGCCGAUAACCAUCAAAUUCAACAGGCCAACCUCAUCAGCUUCAAAUGCGCCACCGACACUUCCUCCUGUCACGGCUAAUGCGCCACCGACCCUUCCUCCCGUCGCGGCGAUGGUGCCGCCCCAGCAGAAAGACGAGACAGUCCGCAGCCCUCCUUCUUCGCCUCUCAAGCACAGACUCGUCCACUCCUCGCCUUCACGGUCACCCUAUGACUCUCCUUACUCGAACGGCCAGCCAGCCAGACAGCCCAUUGCCUAUUCCAAUGGCAGCGCAAACCUAUCGGCUGCGCCAUUCCCAACCUUUGACAACAGACCAGUGAGCCAGGGCUCCGUGCCAGCCGCACCAAACUGGCCACCACCUAUGAACGGAAGCACGCCCGCCCGUCCUGUCUUUGGCGCACAACUCAACGGGCAAAGCCCAUUCACCUCGCCCCUCCCACACAGCCCAAACAGCUUCCCUCCUCCCGCUCCACCGCACAAUUACGCCCUCAUCAACGGCGGCCAUGCGCCGCCAGCACCAGCAAGUGUAACAUCCACCCCCGCCCCCAAUGGUGCUCGUUACGCGCCCUACGACCAGAGUGGGCGCCGCUCGUCGCUCUCGUUCCCCUCUCCCCUCGCAAGCGCACCCGUGCUCAACCCGCCCUCCACACCCGGCUCCUCUUUUUCCAGCGUCGCUGGUCCUCCACCGCCAUACGGGCUGCCCACCUCCACGCCGGCGCAGGUUCGCACGCCUUACGCGUCCAACGCGGUGCUUCCACCGACGAGCGCAGGGAUGUCGCCGACAAAACAGUCGCCACCGCGGCCAAUGACGGCGAAUGGUGCGGGGAGUUUUUCGGGGAGUGUGGCAAUGGGAACGCCGACAUAUAUUCCGGCCAUCGCGCCGUUGAGUCCCAGUCCGAUGGUGCAGGAUUUGAGUCCUCCCGUUAAAGCGAGUGAGCCGGGAAGGUGGACAGGGGGGGAGAGGACGUAAGGGGUCAGACGUCGAUGAUAUGAAUUUGAUAUGGAGGAAGGGUGUUGGAAGUUUAUGAUGGGGAACGGAAGCGAUGGAAUGAGGAUGUACGAUAUACGUAGAUGAUCAGAGAUUCGAUAGACGCCGAAAAGUAAUGAAUAACGUGUAUUAUCUUGAAGUCUGGGGUUUUAAGGGGGCCCGGGCUACCCGGGUCUGGAGAGGUGGGAAGUGUUCACAGUGACUUGCUCAUCAAUCAUUCUAGGCUGUUAUAAUUAUCUUAAUACUCUCUCUAGAAGUUCAGAAUGUAGGAUACUGAAAUCUGGAAAUGAAGUUGUCGACA